AUGAAGCGGGAAACACUUGAACACAUCUUUCAACAACACCACGAUCCAGCUGCACAUGACUCAGAAGACUCAGUCGGCCUGCUGAAUGAAGAUGAGAAACGUCAAACUUCGCCCAGCCCGUUGCAAGGGAAGUUCGCAAACAGCAGAAACCGCAAGGUGUGGCUGUAUCUCGCUCUCUUCGGCAUUGCUUUGAUCCUCAUCGCGCUUGCCCUACCCACGAAGAGAAUCAGAGGAAUCGAGUUACCUUUCAUACCGGCGACACCAGCUUCACAUCUGAGACAGGAAGAUCACUUUCUUCACAUUGUCAUACCGCAGAUCUGGUCACCCGUCGGAACGGUGGAACUGUGUAAGACGCUGCUCACGGCAAGUACUCUCGACUAUCCCACACCAUGGACUGUGAGCUGGAACUCGACAGUCGAUGCAGAUGGUGAGGUGGCCAAUGCGGCCUUGAAUAAGAUCCAGCACGUAUCAGCAUGGCUCAAUGGCAUGCCCGAAGAGCGCGAGGAUGACCUUGUAGCCAUUCUGGGCAACAACAAGUCGUGGUUUCAGGUGCGACCAGAGGUACUGUUGAAGCGCUAUCUCGGCAUUCUUGAGAAGGCCAACAAGGAGUUGAGCCACAAGUAUCCGUCUGAUGUUUUGGAGACGCGAGAGAUUGGCGAGAGAGUUGUCUUCGCCACCGAGGAGCAAUGCCCGUCCGAGGAUGCGGGCAGAUGUCAGGCAGUCGAGGCGGGAGGCAAAUCGGUUCACUACCUGAGCGCUGACUUUUCCAUGGGUGUGCUGAAAGAUGUGAAGUUACUGUGGCAGCACGCCGCUUCGAAAGCUCUACAACUGACGGUGGAGAAUGCCACCUUCGACGAAUACACUAUCUUCGCCUCACUCAUGUCGGAACAGGAGCAAUAUCGUCAAGAGGCUCGCCAAUCAAGGCGCCAAGAAGAACGACAAAACGACCAUGGGACUUCAAUAGAUUUCGGCAUGACCCUGGACUUCAAGCAAGAACUCAGCUACGCAGCUCCAAGCAACACAGACGAAACCGAAUGGAUCAAGCACAUCAAGACAAGCAAACGCGAAGUACGAAAAUGGACCUCCCCUCCCGACCUAUACCUCCCCAAAGACAUCACCGCAUCAGAACCUCCCUUCUGGACCGUAGACGGCGCCGAGGUCCCACAGAACGCAACCUGGCACGACGUUCAGCUUCUAACCACCACCGCUACCAACGUCGUUCCCGCCAUAGUACAACGGGGCCCUCACUCUGACCCCUUGCUGGCACAAGGCUGGUGGAAGAAGAUGUGGUUCCAGCCAUAUGCUCGACGACUUCUUGACACUUUCGUCCUCACGCCAUUGAUGCCUGUGGCUGUCUUGGCGGGUAUGGGGGGUAAUGAGACGAGGUACUGGAGCCCGCAUUGGCAGAGGAUUGGCGUGAUGCAGGCGGAGAAUGUUAAGUUUAAGAAGUGGAAUGAUGUCUGUAAUGCGGAGGAGAUGGCACAGGCCUUGUUUCUUGAUGGGGAAGGGAGUUGGGUGGAUCCGAGGCCUUGA